UUCUUGAAUAGUUGUUCAAAAUUAUCUAUGCAUGGUUAAGUGACAAUUACGGUUCUUGUCUUUACACGACUCAAGAAUUAUCCACGUAACUGCCUGAAAUCAGGAGGAGGGUGCUGAUUGGAUGAUGGAAAUCUCCGGACCAUCUGAGAUAGAUGUGGGCAUAGAUCUGGUUACUGCUGCACAAAAUCAUGUCAGCUUCCUCAACAAUGUCAACAAGUACCCCGGCCUGUACGGGGGUCCCGUGCUGGAGCGUGCCAUCUGGAGAUACACACACCUAUGGCUGCCUCUUGCUGCACAACACAAGGAUAAGGUGUUGUCAGCACCACUUGAUGUCGAGUGGGUGUGGCAUUGUCACAUGUUAUCUCCGGUUGCAUACCUGCAGGACUGUCUCCAUGGAUACCAACAUGUACCUGACCACACCAUCCUAGACACAUUCACAUACCAGCAGGCUCUCAUUGCCACAGAACAGUUAUGGAAAUAUGCUUACCUGGACCAACCAUUUGAUGUUGACCUUGAAAACUGCGAUCAUCAUGAAGAUCAAGAUCCAAGGUCAAUCUCUCAUGAGCUGUCCUAUGAUCUCAUUGCCGCUGCAAGCCGUCAGAAAGUCUUCCAAUACCAAGUUUCUCUACCUCAUUAUCUGGAUAAUUUGUUUCUUGAAAAAAGUGUCACAAGGUACAAGAAGUACCUUUUCCUAAAGAGGAAAAACCCAGAUACAUUCCUUGUGCCAUGUUAUGACAUGGACCUGAUAUGGCACUCUCAUAUGAAUCAUCCCCUCUGCUAUAAAACUGUAACAGAAUCCAUACUAGGUGCUAUUUUAAAUCAUGACGACUCUGUUAAUGAUCGCAAUGAAGGUUCUAGGUUGAACAAUUCAUAUGCCAUCACCCGUCAACUUUGGAAGACAGAAUAUGAUGAACAUUUUCCGGCUUAUGGGGCCAUGUAUAGAGGUGAUCCCCCAGUAGGAAAACUGAAUACAAUUGACAAACAGGACAACUUCAGGUUGCUUUUGAAACAAGUUCAUGUUCAAGUUGAUAAAUUAGAAGUUUCAGGUGAGAGAAGCAGCAACCUUGGAAAAUUUAAACUUUUCUUCCUUGACAAGAAAGAGCUGUUACUAUCUGAUCGUAAUGGUCAAAAAGAAGUGGUAGAUAUGUCUGAGAAGUUGAUGACCGUCAAAGGACCUGGCUUUGAGUUUGAAAGGUUGGGAUCUUUCACAAAAUUUUCUAAUUGUAUGGACUCUGACAACCUUCAUGUUCAGCUAUGUCAGCCACAGUCAUUCUUCUGCUUCAAAGCUUCAGAAUCUUGCCAAGGAGAAGCCAAAAUAGAGUUUGAUAAAAUGACCAAGAAGUUUGAUUCAUGCAAUCAGUCUAUCACUGAGAAAGUGGUCCUUGACCUUGACACAGAUUUGACCAUAACCAUGGAUUUGACAUUGACCUUGAAGAAGCUUGGUUCCUGUGACAUGUGGCUGGUUAUUGGGGACUAUGGAGACUGUGUAAUGCCAGAACAGGUAGAACAGCUGUGGGGACCAGUACCAUUACCACGACUUCCUCAAGGAGUAGAAAACAAGUGCUCUGUGGCCUCUCACAGGUUGAAGACACAUGAGGGCCAGACAGAGUUCACGUGCCGUAUCAUACACAGCCUGCCUCUUAUGAUGUCGUCCGUACAGGUCUUCCAUCAUGACAAAAUGGUAGCAGUGGCUCAUGUGAUCGGCUCAGACCAGAUACCAAAACCUACUGAGGUUGGUGAUGGGAGCAAGUGUGUUACCCUGGAGCCAAAGAAUGGUGAGCGGGCGAUGAUCAUUAAGAACGCAACUGGUGACUGGGGUAUCCUUAUUGGCCGCUGGGAUGGGUACAAAAUUGGCAUGCCUGCUGUCAGGGGAACACGAGCAAAGCCUGGCAGGCCUGGGAGCCAAGGUCGCCCAGGUUACCUGACCUUGCUGCUGUACAAGGUUGCCUCCAGGAAGUGGGAGCUGCUCUCCCUGGAAGACCCCUAUCUCACUGAGGAGUUUCGGUUCGACAUUGCAGAUGCCCAUGUUGACUUCAAGAUUGGGAAAGUAAGUGUGCGCGGGGACAGGAAUGAGUUGGCUGAGCAUCUGGCUCUAACAUUUGCUGUGUCACUGCUCCACGUGUUCCUGCAGCCUCGCCCUGCAAGCUGGGAGCCUGGGCAGUCGCUAGAGCCUAGUGCUGACAGGAGAGGUGUCCGGCGGAUCAAGUAUGUCAAGGCUGAGAAACUGGCCUUUGUACUUGCUGCUGGACUGCUGAUAGCCACACCAUCUAACCACUUCUUCAGGAAGAAACUAUUAGGUCAUUCUAGUGAAUCAGGAGGUGGAAGAUUUGGAUAUGGUGCUGUUUUAGGACAUGAUGAAUCAUGUAAACAUGAUAAUGACAACCAGGAAAGUGGCAAUGCUGAAACAAGUGUUUUUGGUAACCUUGGGGAAGAUGGAACUAGUCCGAAUGACAUUGCUACCCAGCUUUUAGGAGGAUCAGAGCAGGAUCAGGGUGGCAACAAUACUAUUCUUGAUGUUCUUUAUGGUGCUGAAGAAAAUACUAAUGCUGAAAAUGAUAAUUUCUCUUCUAAAUUUUUUGACAACCAUAAUGAUAAUGAUAUGUAUAAUGAGGACUUCAACACAUUUCUUGGUGAUGUAGACAUGAAUACUAAUACUGAUGGUGGUGACAACAGUGGAGGGGGUACAGCCUGGAGUUUUGGUUAUGAGGAUGGUGAUGGUGGGGGUUGUGGUGGGUGCGGGGCAGGGUGUGGGGGUGGGGGCCUGUUUGGGGGUGGAGAUGGAGGUGGCGGUGGAGGAGGGGAUUCAGGGUUUGGAGGUGGCGGAUUUAAUGGAGGGGCUUUUGACAGUGGUGGCGAUGGUGGUGGUGACGGAGGGGGUGGACAAGGAUGGAUGGAUGGGUUUAGCUCCAUGGAUAUGGGAGGCGGAGAUUCCAGCGGUGGUGGCUGGGGUGAUGGAGGGGGUGGGGGAGAUGGUGGAGGAGGGGAUGGUGGUGGCUGCGGUGGAUGUGGUGGAUGUGGUGGAUAA